GGCGCCCGCAGGGUUAACGGCAGCGGGCCUCUGCCGCAGACAUGGAGAAACUCAGGCUGCGCAGUCCCUGGGUGCCCUCGUGCCUCGGGCAGCCCCGCAUCCUGCAGGGCCGGCUGGCCAGGUCCUCGCCCUCGCUCUGGGACAGCGCGCUGCAGGAGCAGAAGGGCGAGCUGCGCAAGCGGCUGUCCUACACCACGCACAAGCUCGAGAAGCUCGAGACCGAGUUCGACUCCACGCGCCAUUACCUGGAGAUCGAGCUGCGGCGCGCGCAGGAGGAGCUCGAGAAGGUCACUGAGAAGCUGCGCAGGAUUCAGAGCAACUACAUGGCGCUGCAGAGGAUCAACCAGGAGCUGGAGGACAAACUGUACCGCAUGGGCCAGCACUAUGAGGAAGAGAAGCGAGCGCUGAGCCACGAGAUUGUUGCCCUCAACAGCCACCUGCUAGAGGCCAAGGUGACCAUCGACAAGCUGUCGGAGGACAAUGAGCUCUAUAGGAAGGACUGCAAUCUAGCGGCCCAGCUGCUGCAGUGCAGCCAGACCUACGGCAGGGUCCAUAAGGCGUCCGAGCUGCCCUCCGACUUCCAGGAGCGCGUGAGCCUGCACAUGGAGAAGCACGGCUGCAGCCUGCCCUCCCCGCUCUGCCGUCCGGCCUAUGCCGACAGUGUCCCCACCUGCGUCAUUGCCAAGGUGCUGGAGAAGCCUGACCCCACCACCCUGUCCUCCCGCCUGUCUGAUGCCUCAGCCCGCGACCUGGCCUUCCGGGAUGGGAUGGAGAAGCAGGGCCCACGGCCCCCCUACAAGGGGGACAUCUACUGCAGCGACACGGCCCUCUACUGCCCCGAGGAGCGGCGGCGCACCCGGCGGCCCAGCGUGGACGCGCCCGUGACCGACGUGGGCUUCCUGCGGGCCCACAACUCCACCGACAGCGCGGCCGAGGAGGAGGAGGAGGCCGAGGCGGCCGCCUUCCCCACAGGCUUCCAGCAUGAGGCCUUCCCGGGCUAUGCAGGCUCGCUGCCCACGUCCAGCUCUUACUCCAGCUUCAGCGCCACGUCGGAGGAGAAGGAGCACGCCCAGGCCAGCACGCUCACCGCCUCGCAGCAGGCCAUCUACCUGAACAGCCGCGACGAGCUCUUCGACCGCAAGCCGCCCGCCGCUGCCUACGAGGGCAGCCCGCGCUUCGCCAAGGCCACGGCCAGCGUGGCAGCGCCGCUCGAGGCCGAGGUGGCCCCGGGGUUUGCGCGGACCAUGUCUCCGUACCCCACUGAGCCCUUCCGCUUCCCGGCUUCCCCGGGCCCCCAGCAGGCCCUGAUGCCCCCAAACCUGUGGAGCCUGCGGGCCAAGCCGGGGGCAUCCCGGCUCCCUGGGGAGGACGUGCGGGGCCAGUGGCGGCCCCUGAGCGUGGAGGACAUUGGCGCCUACUCCUACCCAGCCACCACCGCCGGCCGCGCCUCACCCUGCAGCUUCUCGGAACGCUACUAUGGCAGUGGGGGCAGCCCAGGCAAGAAGGCCGAGGGCCGCGCCAGCCCCCUCUAUGCCACCUACAAGGCCGACAGCUUCUCGGAGGGUGACGACCUCUCCCAGGGCCACCUGGCAGAGCCCCGCUUCCUCCGGGCCGGCGGCGACCUGAGCCUGAGCCCCGGCCGCGCAGCCGACCCACUGCCCGGCUAUGCGCCCAGCCAGGGGGACGCGGAGAGGCUCGGGGUGCAGUUGUGCGGGGCGGGCGGCAGCCCUGAGCCCGAGCACAGCCCCCACAGUUCCAGGGACUCCCUGGAGCCCAGCUCCAUGGAGGCCUCCCCGGAGAUGCACCCCGCUGCCCGCCUCAGCCCCCAGCCAGCCUUCCCGCGGACUGGUGGCUCGGGGCUCAGCCGCAAGGACAGCCUCACGAAAGCCCAGCUCUACGGAACCUUGCUCAACUGA